GUCUAGGCUCUCAGGGAUCCCCCAUCGAUGGCUCCCCCAUCAAACUCAGAGGAGCGCAUCACAGCGUUGCGCUCCUUAGUCAAUGGCAAGCGACAGCCUGCUGUUGGAAGUAACUAUCGCAACGAAAGUUACCUCUUGGGCGUGGGGCUUCAUGCUAUAGUCCGCAAAAACAAGGGCCAGUCGCUCACCAGCAUCGAAAGGACCCUCUACGACGCCAUAACUAUGGGUUCUGGAACAUCUGAAAUCAACGAGUACGGCAACGUCUUCAAAGAGGCCAAGGAGAAUCACCGAACCGGUAGUGUGGCUUUCUUCCCUAAGCAAAUAGUCGACGCCUCGGAAGACAAGGCAUACACAAUGGAGGCAAUGGUCUCUGAUAUCGUUACUCUGCUGCCGGAGAUACAAAACCAGCCCAACAACAAGGUCCAGGGGUUUAAUAACUUCUUAGGGGGCCGUGUAGAUAGUGAGGACUACACUGCUGCUCUUGGUAUGGCUGCUGGAGGAACUGCUGUUCAUUUUGAUACCACCAACCCCAAUAACAUGACGGCUCCUCGCGCUGCUUUUGCAAAUGAUAAUACCCUGGGAGCACCAACUGAGGCUCUCGCGCCGAGUGAGCAGAAAGCCGAGCCUGUGGCAAACCCCACGAAGCGCAUCCGGCUUGUCAUGACCAGAUUCAAGUGCCACAAGAAGUCCUCUGAAUGGGGCAAGGACGAGAUAUAUUGGACGCGUUCGGCCGUGUCUGAUACAGGAGACAAAUUCUCGGGAGACCCCAUUACCCGCGAGUAUGGAUCAAUCCGAAGCGGAGACCUGAGGCAAAUGGAUGCAGGGACGGUGUUGUUUGAUGGACAGGUCAAAGAUGCCCUUGCCAUCUUCAUUCAAUGCUGGGAAGCAGAUCACAGCCAGACCAAGUGGUAUGAGGAUUUACGCAAAGCGAUGGAUGCAAUUUCCCAAGGAUUCAAGGCGUGGCUAGAGCAAUAUGGGGAGGUUAUAGCCGAGUUCAACAAGCAACUUCCGAUUGUAGGUAAUGCCUACAAGAUCCUCGGUUACAUCUCGACGGCGACAAAGAUCUUCGCAUGGCUAUUGGAUAAGUUCCGCAACCACGACGACCUUCAAGCUUUAACCUGGUUUCUGGAGUUCCCCAACUGCGAGGCAUCAUUCAUGUUUGAUGGCGGGAAAGGCGGAAAACACGAACUCUGGAUCCGGCGGGAAUACGGGUUUGAUCCGAAUGACACAACCAUCGGAUCCUUGAAGACAAUGACGGGGUCACCGGGUAAUUACAGUAUCCAGCCCUCCGUGCCGGGUCCUGGACGGAGUUUCUGGGGCAUGAGUAUGGUUGACUAUAAGGGUGAGCUCUGGAGCUUCUUCAGUCGUUCACACAACAGCCUACUUUGUUAUAGCAUCUGGAACAAUCAAACUGGAUGGGGUGCCAUGAUCGAAAUUCCUGGUAACUACACCAACGCAAAGCCAGCAGUAGCAACAUUUGGCGAUACUGUUCAUGUAUUAUACAAAGGAGGCGAUGGACGACUUUUGCACGUUGAGUACCUGCCAAAGAGUAGAACAUGGACUCGUGCAGUACCGGUUGGCUCUGAAACUUUAACCUACUACAGCGGUGCCCUCGCCGGUUUUCACGAUAUGCUAGUUGGUGUCCAUCAAGGCGGCGACCAGCGCCUGUACUGCACUGUCAAAUGGCCGGGACAGAGCUGGCAAGACUGGAGUAAGAUGAAGUCACCUGCUGGGGUAGACUUCAAGUUGGCCCCCGCUUUAUGCGCCUACGAAGGCACCUUAUAUGUUUGGGCCUGUAUCAAUAGGAACUACCAGCUACACUGCUACUGGGUAGACAUGAAUACCAAUCCUUGGACACUGGUUGAUGAAAGACUCAGAGACACGGCAGCCCAUAACACCAAAUCUGCUCCUACAGUCAUGGUCUAUCCCAAAACUUCCUAUGGCGAUGUGAUGUGGGGAUUUUAUCGUUAUGAAAGCACUGGUGUCUGUAUGAAUUACGAUCCGAAAAGUCGCAUUGAAGACUUGGGCACUCCACCGCAUCCGAAAUCGGUGGGUGAUCCGAGUGUUUGCAACUAUGAUGGGAAGAUCUGGUAUGGCUACAGCGACCGACUUUCGUAAUUUCCUAGUUUACAGUCCCAGGACACACUCUAGCUAGAGGUAUAUUUAAAGCCAUAUUCAUUGAAGCUAUAUAG